AAGAGGCAGCGGGUCCUGCCGCCCGCGAUAUCCCGCACCGCCCGCCGUUGCCCUCGGGGACGGGCGCCGUGAGGAGCGCGAGGAUGUCAGCUCGCGCAGCUAGGCCGCCCUUGGGGACACCGAGCGGCGGGGCCUGGCCGCCCCGGCCCUUGGCACCGCCUGUGCUGUCGCCUGGCAACGGCCCAGGCCUGAGGCGGCGGGGAGAGGCCCCAGGCGGCGGCGGGAGGCCUGAGGCGGUGGCAGAGAGGCGGCAGGGCCGGGCCGGCCGCGGAGACCCCGGAGCCAGGCUUGGCAUGGCUCAGCACGGCCUGUACCCCGGGAUGCAGGACAUUUCUCAUUUGUUGAUUAGCACCUUUAAGGACCUGUAUACUGCAGAUGUUAUAGGGGUGGACAUGGAGACAAACUUGAUCAAGUCCCGCGGAGGAGAUGAUGUUUAUCGUGAGACUUUUACGGAGGAGCUCCAGAAGCUUCUUGCUGAGUAUAAUUGCCGACUGACAGAAGCUGACAUAGUAGAAGAGAACAUCAUUUAUGCACAGGAGCGAGCAAUAGCUGAAGAAGAAAGGGCCCUAAACGUGUUGAAGGCAGAUGCUGGGGAAGAUUUCCACAAAAUAGGAUUGCCACCAGUGGCAUCCUCUUUCAGGUGGAUUGUGGAUAAUGAACUUCUCAGAAAACAUCAUUUCACGUGCCCUGAAGAUUAUAUCACUGAUAAAUUGCCUGUUACUAGAGCGCCAAAAGGAAAAUCAGAACCUGGCUAUGUCAAAGAAACAUUUAGUUUUAAACAGCACAUUGCUUCAAAUUCAGAGGACCAGAUGCCCACAGAGAUUGCACACCUGCAUAAAAAACCUGGUUGUCUGCCAGAUGUAUCUUUAUCCACAGUAACGUUGCCUUCGACUCCAGAGCCUAACUACCAGACUAAAAGGAGAAGUAAGUCUCUUUGUUUUUCAAAGAAAUCUAAUGCCUCACAGAAGCCAGCCUGGAAAGACAGUACUUACUGUGGAGCAGACAGAGAAAGCGAACGUGCUUGUAUUGCCAGACUUGAGAAGAGACAAAAUUACCUGAAGAACCCCCGCUUUUUCCCACUAAAUGCUCUGCAUGGAGGCAAAUCUCUUGUCAUUUCUCAGGAAAAGGUGGACGAAAACAUAGCCAGAAGAAAAGCAGAGGAUAAGAGAAGUGAUACCUCAUUUGUUCCUGUGUUUCUUGCUAAUCCACCUAUUGUUUUGUUUUCUGAUUAUGAAGUUGGUCAGGUUUAUGAGAUGACAAUAGAGCUACAGAACAUCACUUCAACAUGUCACCAUGUAAGACUUAUCCCUCCCUCUACUUCUGCAUUUGCCAUUGGGCAAGGAAAAUUUCCAGGAAAGGGAGGAAUCAUUGCUCCUGGGAUGACAUGCCAGUAUACAAUCCAAUUUAUUCCUGAAUAUCUAGCAGAUUAUGAGGAUUGUAUAUCAGUGGAGACCCAAGCAUCAGAACCUCUUCUAAUACCAAUCCAAGCUAAAAGACCACCUCCAGUGCUAACAUUGCCUCACACUAUAGACUGUGGUUCCUGCCUUGUUGGAGGAAUAAAAGUAACACAGAUUUUGUGCAGAAAUGAGGGAUUUAGCACUGGCAGGUUCUGUAUAAUGCCAAAGAAAGCCUGGCCAUCUCCUAAUUUCAGGGCUGUUGCAACUGUUGGUUUUGUGACACAAGAUCCAUUUGGGAUCCGUCCUGCGUUUUUUGAGCUAACUCCAGGACAGAGUACAAUGAUAGAGGUAGUGUUUUUCCCUUCUUUUCCAGAAGUCUCCCAGCAAACAUACACCAUUGUUUGUGACAAUUGCCAGGUCAAUGAUUUUACAGUCACAGGCAUUGGACAGCUGGUAGCUCUGGAGCUUUUGUUUGUCACGGGUGGAGAAAGCAACCCUGAACUUGGUGAAAUUACCGAUGUGACAGCACAGCAUCUCAUACGAUUUGACCCCCAAAACCCACACAGCUCCGUGGAGAAGAAUUUGAUUAUAAGAAAUUCUACCCACGUAGAACUUCCUUUCUACUGGCAGAUAAUAAAGCCUAAUCUGCAACCAUUAAUGCCAGAAGGAACUGCAGACUUUAUGAAGCUCAAAUAUAACCGAGACACAGAGUCAGCCUUCUCCCUGAAUCCUAAACAGGGAGUUUUGCUUCCCCAUGCUGAUCAUGAAUUUGUUCUCACUUACGCUCCACGGGAGCUGAAGAGUUAUCACAGUGUGAUUCAGAUGGUACUGAGGGACAUCCCGGAAUCACAUUGUUUAGUAAAAGAAUCAGUGCUUCAAAACAUCCCAGAAUACAAAGCAGAGGAUGUAAUAACAAUGGAAAUAGAAGUUAAAGGUUCAACAGAACCAUUUCAGCUUCUUCUGGAACCAUAUGCCAUUAUCAUCCCUGGAGAAAGUUUUAUUGGUGUAAAUGUGAGAAAACCGUUUAAGAUGUGGAAUAACAGCAAAUCGUCAAUCAAGUAUACAUGGGAGAAAAUCAUUGCAUGUGAUAUAGUGGAAGUUGAACCUUAUACUGGAUUCAUAGAUAUGACUGAAUGCUGUGAAUUUGAGCUGGCAAUUACUGGAGGCAAACCUGGCUGUGUCAGCCAUAACCUGCAUUGUAAAAUCGAACACUCUUCAGAGCCAGUGGUACUGCAUGUUGAGGCUGCUUUUAAGGGUCCGCUUCUUUCUAUCAAUAUUCCAUCGCUCCAGUUAGGUUUGAUUAAGUGGGGUGACAGCGUGUUAAGAACCUUUGAAAUUCAAAAUCUGUGUCAGCUGCCAGCACGGUGGAGAAUGCAAGAAAGCCGGGCUUGUCUAGCUGAAAGGAAUGAAGAGGUAUCUCCCUUUACCAUUCAUCCAUCUGCUGGAGAAAUACCUCCUUUGGGUAUAUGCAGUGUCUCAGUUCAGUUCACUCCGUUGCUGUGUCAGCGUCUCCAGACAGUAUUAGAACUAGAGGUCGAAAAUGGAAAAGGAAGUCAUCUUCCUGUUUUUGUUGAAGUUCAGACCCCCCAAGCAUGUCUGAUGUCCAGUCAUCUAGUAAUCACUGAAAUUUAUACUGGAGUUCCUGCCAAAGCAACCAUCAAACUUUUUAACCAGAUACUGCUGCCAGCAAAAUACUUAUGGGGAAAGCUCAUUGGAAGUCAGGCAGCUUUCUGCUCUGCCACUGUCUCCCCGGCCAGUGGCACCUUAGGCCCAAAUGAAGAAAAAGAAUUGUGCAUAGAGAUAACAGCCAACAUCAUGGGUGAGCUGAAAGACCUUGUCCUUUCCUGUAGCGUAGAAGACAUGAUUGAACCCCUCUUCCUGAGCAUUUCUGGAGAAGUGAAAGGACUGCAGGUCAGCUACUCAAUACCUUGUGAAAGUGGAGCAACCAGUGAGGAAAGACAAAUGCUACAGAGCCCAGGUGAUCUUCUUUUGGACUUUGGAUCUGAGGUUGUAUUCAAAGACAUAGUAAAGCGUCAGCUAAUUCUUACCAAUCAUACUGGAAUCAGUGCUCCAUUCAAACUAGAAGCUGAGUAUUUUACCAGCUAUUCACUUACUCCAGAACAAGGACUCUGCCCCUCCCCAAACUACCUGGUGAAAAGGAGAGGGCCCAUCACAAGACAUGCAGCCAAAAGAGCACAGUCAGUGUUUGCAGCAGCAGUGCUGUCUCACGGGAAGGGAGUAGCUUUCCAUAUACAACCUUCCACAGGAACUCUGAAAGCCUUCCAGCAGCUAAUCAUAGAAAUAACAGCUUAUAACAACAUGUGGGGAGAGUACCAUGAUGAUCUUGUCUGUAAGGUGGGAGACUUGCAACCUACAUUAAUUCCUUUACAAAUGACUGUGAAAGGCUGUCCAAUUUUCCUGCAGAUGACAGGACCACAAACAGAGCAGCCCAUAAUCAGGUUUGGCACUCAUGUCUCUGGAGGGUAUCAUGUCUCCCGGAGUGUCCGGCUCAACAAUCCCACUCCCUUUGACAUUCGUAUGGACUGGGAAACUUACAAUCAAGAGAAAGAUGAUAAAAAGCUGAUAGAUCUGUUGGUGAUCUGUGGAGACCCUUUUCCUCUUAAGGACAUAGAUGAAAGUGAGACUGCAUCAGUUGGUAGCAAUUCAGAGUCAGAAAUUGUGUUAAAGUUGGAUCAAACCCCCAUCCCCUGUGAAAUCACUUCUUCAGCUUCACAAACCACAGAUGAGUCUUCAGAUGCGGACAACAAAGAAGAGGAAAUCAUCACUGAAGAACCUACAAUAAAGAAAAUCUUCUCUGUACUUAUACGACCUCACGAAGGGGUUUGCGCAGACAACCCCUACUCCAUAACUCCGAGACAAAUAGUGGUUCCAGGAGGUGGCAGCAUCUCCGUGCGCAUCUGCUUCACCCCGCAAGUCCUCCCGGAGAGCAUGAGUGAAGUGCAAUGCGAAGGGUUUAUGCUGGGUUUCAUGAGCCUCGACGACACGUUUGCGCAGACAGUGCCUAACAAAGUACGUCGUAGACAUGGUUAUGAAGCUCCACCAUUACGAAUAGCCUUGCAAGCUUUCAUCAGGCAUGCGGUGUUAAAAGUAGACAUGGAGCAUGACGAAGGAAUGGUGUUUUACUCAAUGGCAAGUGAUCUCAUACCCGCUCAGCCUCAAUUAGGAGUUUUGACAGAUUCUGUAAUGACUCAGAGUUUGCAACUCAUCAAUUGCACCAAGGUUCCUCUCUACUUCAGGCUGCUUCUGUCUACGCCCUUCAGCCUGUCUAGCACAGAUCCCAAAAAGAGCACCAAAACAUCCCACAGCAACAAGGAAGAAAAAGAGCAAAAACCACAGCUUGCACUUUAUCCACAGCAAAACAUGCUGGUGAAAGUGUCAUUUCGCACAACUCUGGAGUUACUUAUGUAUCAACAUCUGCCAGCCAGCCAGCUGCUUCCUGGAUUCCAAGUGCUCCAGUUUGAGAAUGGAGAUAGGAAGCUGAAGUUUGAUCAAAAUCUGGUCAUUGAAUAUAGUAACCGCACAACCCAGUUGGUCCCAGUGACUGCAUACCUUACUGUUCCAGUACUGGAGCUUUCUUGCGACACACUUGAUUUUGAGACCUGCUUUGUUGCACGAAGCAAGACUGCACAUGUCUUCCUGUGUAACAGGAGUGGCUGUAGAAGUUACUGGACUGCUUUGCUAGAUGAGCAGGAAAGGCUUAAUGACCCGGAAGUAUUUUCCAUCUCCCCUGCUAAUGGCAUUUUGGAGGCACGUGAAGGGGACCUACCCACCAAAGGCAUGUUGGAGAUCCGCUUUACUGCCAGGAGUAACAUUGAAUAUGAAACUACUGUGAUCAUCACUGGAAUGCUGGGAGAGAAGCCUUGCAAGCUAUGGAUCAGGGGACGAGGAACAAAUGAUGAAAAGUAUGAAGAUCUAAAUACAACUUAAGCAAGACAUUGUGAGAUAAAUCUCAAGGUAAUGGGUCAAAUGUAGAAAUAUCAUUAGCUGAGCUGGCAUUUUAUCUACUUCAGUUUUUAAUUAUGAACUGGAAUUUUAACAAAAUAAAAUUUGAAGUUAUGAGGAAUAAAAGUUCAUGG